GCCUGAUCAAUAUCAAUUGCAACCAGGACGUUGAGUGUAUAACACGCCGGAAAAAGAGGAAAUCAUAGCUCGACAAUGAACCUUAUUUUCCAAGCGUUUCUUGUGUUGAAUCUAUUCGGAUUUACGGCUCUUUACCAAUUGAGGAUUGAAAAUAGUCCAAAUGUUGACCAAAAAAGUAACAUGUCAUUGGAAUUGGUUGGCCGAAGAUCUUUUACUCCUAAAAAAGAUCAGAAUUUAAUAGUUAAUAGUCCACAUCACAUAACCAAAAGGAGUUCAGGUUUCGACAAAUUUGUAAAGGGAUUUGGGCCAGGAGCAUCACUUGGAGGUAAAAUAGGCUCAAUCUUUGGACCUACGGGAACCGUUAUUGGAGCAGCUAUAGGGGGAGUUGUUGGAGGAAUUCUCUGUGCAUUUUUCUGCAAAGAAGAGAAACCGAAUCGGCCCCCGUCUUUUUCAUCCUGCGUCGGUCCAGCUAAUGAGGAAUACAUUGCAGACCUAGGGACAUUAACAGCCACUGUGACGUGGAACACCCCCACCGCUAGCGACCCUGAGGACGGAUCUUUAACGGCCCAUCAGGUUCAAGGUGGUGCUUCAGGAACGCUGUUUGGCAGAGGUUCCCACACAAUUAUAUACACCGCCUCCGACAGAAAAGGGGCCACAACAUACUGUUAUUUUUCAUUCAGAAUAACAGUUUUGACCUGUGACCCUAUCCAGUGGCCAUUACAUGGGUACGUUCGAUGUGACAGAUCGGAGUUUAUGUAUGGAUCAAAAUGUACAGUCGGAUGUUUUGAAGGCUACGAAAUGGAACCCCUACCAUCAUCUGUUCCAUACCAAAUCAUGUGUGACAAAUCUAGCGACAACAAACCAACUUUAGACAAGGCUGCCCCAUCUUGUGCAGCUAUCACAUGCCCUACUAAUGCAACAGAACUUGAUGUAGACAAUGGAUCGCCAGUGUGUACUCACAGCAACCAUAAGUAUGACAGUUCUUGUGUGACUCAGUGUGAAAGUGGAUAUAGUUUAUCUUCUGGAAUCAUAUUUUCUACAUGUAAAGAAGAUAAGACAUGGUCUACAAAUCUCCCAGAUUGUGAAGAUGAUGAGGCACCAGAAAUAUUGAAUUGUCCUCAAACAAUAUACGCCUAUACGGAUAAGAUGAGUCAAACCGCCUCAGUAACAUGGCAAACGCCAACGGCAACAGACAACUCUGGAACAGUAACAGUUUCCCAAACAAAGGGAGCUGCUCCGGGAUCCAGUUUUCAACUAGGACUGACAGAAAUACGAUACAAAGCCAUUGAUGCAAAUGGCAACCAAUCUCCCGAGUGCAUUUUCUUCGUAAAUGUUGAAGAGAUUGUUUGUGAUCCACCUCUGAUUGCGGAUAAGUAUCUUUUCUAUCAAUGUCCGGAUGGCUACAUGUAUGGCUCUACAUGCCAGCUGAAGUGUAUGGGUAGCUUUCCAUUGAUUGGCAAUGAAACAAUCACUUGUGAAAGAAACGACAGCUUUACUCCACCACGUGGAUAUUGGGAUAUGGGAGAGUUACAACCAUACUGCUCAAAAAACCCUUGCGAUACGCUUCCGGCGCCCGAAAAUGGAGCCAUGUCAUGCGCAACGUGGAUGUUUGGGAUGCAGUGUCAGAUGCAAUGUUCUGGUCAAUAUGAUAUCCCGUAUGGAACAGUGGGCUCAAAUGGAGCUCCUUUCACGGGCCAAUUUACCUGCUCUGAAUCACUGGGAGAAUACACUCCAUCAAAUACAGUUCCCGGAUGUACACAACUUCGUCGACCAAGAAUGACAACUGUCCUUGGUGAAUUCUUUUAUUAUACUGGGGACUGCAACGAUCCCACUGUCCUUGUGGAGAUUAAAAACAACUUCAUUAAACAGAUGCAGCGCCUUGAGUCCCAAGGCUGGAAUGGAGUGUGUCCCUCACAAAUUGACUGCAAUGUAAAUAAUACAGAAGUAACGUGUGGUCCAGUGAGUGGCAAAAGAAGGAAAAGAGAUGUCAAUUUUGUUUUGGAACACGUUCUGUCCAAAAGAAGUACACAUGAAAUAAGAGUUGAAGUGAAACUGGCGACAACCUGGUACGAUUUCAACUCUACCGGUGGCUCAACGUUUUAUUUUCUUGAGGAAGUCCAGAAAAAAUUAUUUGAAGUAAUGAAAUCGUCUGCGACAGCUGGAAAUUUAACUGUUAGCGGCUUGAGUCCUGACAUUAGUAGUUUUGCAUUGGGAUACAGCGAUCCAGAUUGUCCUGUGGGGAAUAUCAUUCGUUGGUCCACGCUUACAUGUGUUCCUUGCUCAGAGGGUUCAUUUCUGGAUACAUCAGAUCCAGUGAAUCCCCGAUGCAGAGACUGUCCGGUGGGAACAUACAAAGAAAGUCCAGAUGAUCUCACGUGUACUUCUUGUCCACCCGGAACAUCAACGGAAAAACCUGGGUCAAUGAAUACCACCAACUGUCUAAAGAAGUGCGCUCCGGGUGAGUUUUCCAAAACUGGAUUGGAACCGUGCCAUUUGUGUCCACGGUCCUUUUACACAAGUGACGAGAUGUCGACAUCGUGUAUGUCAUGCCCAUUCGGAAAAACGACGGCCUAUUCUGGAGCUACUAAUACAACCAACUGCUCAUACUUUGAUGUACAAUUUACGAAGGCCCAACAACAGAUUUAUUUUGAUGCACCAACAACUAAUCAAAAACAACUUUCUGUGUCUACUUGGAUUGCUCUCCCAAAGACCAUGGCGAAUUUUUCCCUUCUUCGUACUGAAUCAUCAUUUGUCAAAAUUGAAUUUCAAUACCAUGAUUCUUUAUUCGUUCAAAUCAAUCGCCAGUCAAUGUCUACAGGAGUUACUCUACCAAGAGAGACUUGGUCACAUGUUACAAUUCAACUAGAUUCUAAUAGUCAAACCGUCGUCGUUUAUGUUGACGGAACUCGAGUCUUUUCCUCCUCGGUCUCUGGUUCAAUACCUUUGUCAUCUUCCCUGACAACUCGAUCUUCAAGAAUGUCUAUAAUGCUAAAUGAAGAAUCCUUAUCAGGAUACAUCAUUUCUGGAUACCAUGUGGAAUUCACAACUUUAUCUGAUACUGAGGUUGCCACUCUUUCCAACGCAUGCCAUACAUAUAGACAGAAUGCCUUUUUUUCAAUGGAUACCAUUGCAAAUUUGUCACAAGUUCAACCAACAACAACAUUUCUAUCUCCUAGUAUCUGUGACAAUAUCAAUCGAUGUGAUUCGAAUCCAUGCAACGGACACACAUGUGUAGACAAGGUGAAUGCUUACAAAUGUCAAUGCAAAGACGGAUACUCUGGAGAAAGGUGUCAAAUUGAGCCCGAUUAUUGUAAAAACAGUCCCUGUCAAAACAAUGGAACAUGUUUUAACUCAGCAGGCAAUUUUUCUUGCACGUGCCAGAUUGGGUAUAAAGGAGACCGGUGUCAAUUUCAAAUAGUAAAUGGCGGUUGGAGCCCAUGGACAUCAUUUUCUGAAUGUUCUGCUUCUUGUGGUGGUGGUAUCAAAUCACGAUUACGGCUAUGCAAUAGCCCGAAGCCCGAUCCCGAUGGUUUACCUUGUGAUUCAACUGGUGCUAAUGAAACAGUGUUUUGCAACACGGACACGUGUCCAAGUUGUCUUCCAUUGAAAAAGGGAUUUGGGAACAGUGUUAAUUGUUCAACUUUUUCUGACGGUCAUAAAGUUUGUUUAGUGUCCUGUCGUCAUGGAUAUGCGUUUUCAGAAGACCAUAAACCACUUCCAGUAUACGUAUGUGGUCCUAACACCUCCUACACAUGGAACGGAAAUCCACCGUCUUGUGGACGUGCAAAUUCUCCAAAAAGUAUUUCUAUUGUUUCCGCUGUUCAGUACACACCCGGGAUUCCCUGUGUAGACGCUGUGAUAGCGUCAUCCCAACUGAAAACUAACUUGGAAUCUUCUUUGCCAUGCUCUGUAAACGGUUCUUGUUCCAUCAAUGUAUCAACACCAGGUUGUUCAGUUACUGGACGGCGCCGAAGAUCCGCGUCAUCACAAACCAUCACUCUUACUCAAACUUUGACCUCGGGCGACAAUCUAGAUCUGGAGGCUUUUGAAAAAUCACAGAAUGUCAGCCAACCCUUAUAUGAUUUGCUGGUGGGUAUUUCCAGUUUAGAGGCUUCGGCAAUCCAGAUCAAUAGUAAUCACAGUAUUCUACAGUUUGAGAUCAGUGGCACUCAGUACUCAUCGACAGCUGUGACCACAAAUUCUUUGGUAGAGUGUUCCGCUGGUCAAGGAAGAAACAAAGCAUUUUGCAUUGAUUGUCCGCCGGGUACAUAUUCAGAAUCUGGAGUGUGUGUGGCGUGUUCUGUCGGUACCUAUCAAGAUGAAUCUGGUCAGUCCUCAUGUAAAUCUUGUCCUAGCGGUCUGACCACGAAACAUGAAGGAAGUCAGAAUAUGACUGAUUGCUCAGAAAAUGAUAAUUCUUCAACUGUUACCUCGACAUCACCUUUGUCUUCAACGUCUUCCUCCCUUCCUUCGACUUCAGUGACGAAAACAUCCACGAGUCCGUCUGCAUCUCCUUUCUCAACAUCCAAAAAGCAGAAAAAUAACCCUGACGUUAUGCCUAUUGUCAUUGGAGUUAUAGCUGUUUUGACUCUUGUGUUGUUUGUUGCAAUUGUUGGUUUCAUAAUAUUUAAAAAGAUAAAAAGAUUACGAUUUAGACGUCUAAGCCGUGAGCACAGUACUCUCAAGGGAAGCUGGGCCAGUCUGAAUAUGGUUAACCCCAAUGUGGUACGGACUGUACCUCCAACAUCAAAUGUUUACAAAGAUCUUAGGAAAUCGAAAUCUAUUUUAAGUUUUAACCUGGGGACAACAACAGCCACUGUGACGUGGAACCCUCCUGCCGCUAGUGACCCUGAGGACGGAUCUAUAGCAGCUAAUUUGGUUCAAGGAGGUGCUCCAGGGACGCAAUUUGGCAGAGGUUCUCACACAAUUGUAUACACUGCCUCCGACAAAACAGGGGCUAACACAUACUGCUCCUUUUCAUUCAAAAUAACUGUUUUGACCUGUGACCCUAUUCAGUGGCCAUUGCAUGGGUACGUUCGAUGUGACAAAUCAGAGUUCAUGUACGGAUCAAAAUGUACAGUCGGAUGUUUUGAAGGCUACGAAAUGGAACCCCAACCAUCAUCUGUACCCUAUCAAAUCAUGUGUGACAAAUCUAGCGACAACAAACCAACUUUAGACAAGGCUGUCCCAUCUUGUGCAGCCAUCACAUGCCCUAUUAAUGCAACAGAACUUGAUGUGGACAAUGGAUCACCAGUGUGCACCCACAGCAACCAUAAGUAUGACAGUUCUUGUGUGACUCAGUGUGAAAGUGGGUAUAGUUUAUCUUCUGGAAUCAUAUUUUCUACAUGUCAAGAAGAUAAGACAUGGUCUACAAAUCUCCCAGAUUGUGAGGAUGAUGAGGCACCUGAAAUAUUGAAUUGUCCUCAAACAAUAUACGCCUAUACGGAUAAGAUGAGUCAAACUGCCUCAGUAACAUGGCAAACGCCAACGGCAACAGACAACUCUGGACCAGUAACAGUUUCCCAAACAAAGGGAGCUGCUCCGGGAUCCAGUUUUCAACUAGGUCUGACAGAAAUACGAUAUAAAGCCAUUGAUGCAAACGGCAACCAAUCUCCCGAGUGCAUUUUCUUUGUCAAUGUUGAAGAAAUUCGUUGUGAUCCACCUCUGAUUGCGGACAAGUAUCUUUUCUAUCAAUGUCCAGAUGGCUACACGUAUGGCUCUACAUGCCAGCUUAAGUGUAUGGGUAGCUUUCCAUUGAUUGGCAAUGAAACAAUCACUUGUGAGAGAAACGACAGCUUUACUCCACCACGUGGAUAUUGGGAUAUAGGAGAGUUUCAACCUUACUGCUUGAAAAACCCUUGUGAUAGACUUCCUGCGCCUGAAAAUGGAGCCAUGUCGUGUGCAACGUGGUUGUUUGGGAUGCAGUGUCAGAUGCAAUGCUCUAAACAGUAUGACAUCCCAUUUGGUACAGUAGGUUCAAAUGGAGUUCCUUUCACGGGUUUAUUCACCUGCUCUGAAUCAUCAGGGGAAUACACUCCAUCAAAUACAGUUCCAGGGUGUACACAACUCCUUCGACCAGGAAUGACAACUGUCCUGGGUGAAUUAUUUUAUUAUGCUGGAGACUGCAACGAUCCCACUGUCCUUGUGGAGAUUAAAAACAAUUUCAUUAAACAGAUGCAGGACCUUGAGUCCCAGGGCUGGAAUGGAGUGUGUCCCUCACAAAUUGACUGCAAUGUAAAUAAUACAGAAGUUACUUGCGGUCCAGUGAGUGGCAAAAAGAGAAGAGAUAUCAAUUCUGUUAUGGAACACGUUCUGUCCAAAAGAAGUACACACGAAAUAAGAGUCGAAUUUAAACUAGCGACAACCUGGUACGAUUUCAACUCUACCGGUGGCUCAACGUUUUAUUUUCUUGAGGAAGUCCAGAAGAAAGUAUUUGAAGUAAUGAAAUCGUCUGCGACAGCUGGAAAUUUGACUGUCAGCGGCUUGAGUCCUGACAUUAGUAGUUUUGCAUUGGGAUACAGCGAUCCAGAUUGUCCCCAAGGAACGUUUGUUCGUUGGUCUUCGCUUGCAUGUGUUCCUUGCUCAGAGGGUUCAUUUCUGGAUACAUCAGAUCCAAUGAAACCUCAUUGCAGAGACUGUCCAGUGGGAACAUACAAAGAAAGUCCAUAUGAUCUCGCGUGUUCUUCAUGUCCACCCGGAACAUCGACAGAAAAUACAGGGACAAUAAAUAGCACAGACUGCCUCAAAAAAUGCAGUCCAGGUCAAUUUUCCAAAACUGGAUUGGAUCCGUGCCAUUUAUGUCCCAGGUCCUUUUACACAAGUGACGAGAUGUCGACAUCGUGUAUGUCAUGCCCAUUCGGAAAAACGACGGCUUAUUCUGGAGCUACUGAUACAACCAACUGCUCAUACUUUGAUAUACAAUUUACAGAGGCUCAACAGCAGAUAUAUUUUGAUCCACCAACAACUAAUCAAAAUACACUUUCUGUGUCUUCUUGGAUUGCUCUCCCAAAGACCAUGGCGAAUUUUACCCUACUUCUUAUUGAAUCAUCAUCCGUCAAAAUUGAAUUUCAAUACCUUGAUUCUUUAUUCAUUGAAAUCAAUAGCCAGUCAAUGUCUACAGGAGUUAUUCUACCAAGAGAGACUUGGUCACAUGUUACAAUACAACUAGAUUCUGGUAGUCAGACCGCCGUCGUUUAUGUAGACGGAACCCAAGUUUUUUCCUCCUCAGUCUCUGGUUUGGUGUCUUCGGCAUCUUCCCUGAUAACUCCAACUUCAAGAAUGUCCAUAAUACUAAAUGAAGAAUCCAUCUCAGGAUACACUAUUAGUGGAUACCAUGUUGAAUUUACAACGUUAUCUGGAGCUGAAGUUGCCACUUUUUCCAGCUCAUGCCAUAUCUUUAGACAAAGUGCCUUUAUUUCAAUGGAUACCAUUGCAAAUUUGUCACAAGUUCAACCAACCACAACAUUUUUGUCUCCCAGUGUCUGUGACAAUAUCAAUCAAUGUGAUCCUAAUCCAUGCAACGGACACACAUGUGUAGACAAAGUGAAUGCAUACAAAUGUCAAUGCAAUAAUGGCUACUCUGGUGAAAGAUGUCAAAAUGAGCCUGAUUAUUGCAAAGACGGUCCUUGUAAAAACAAUGGAACAUGUUUUAACUCGGCGGGCAAUUUUUCAUGCACGUGUCUGAUUGGGUAUAAAGGAGACCAAUGUCAAUUUCAAAUAGUAAAUGGCGGUUGGAGCCCAUGGACAUCAUUUUCUGAAUGUUCUGCUUCUUGUGGUGGUGGUAUCAAAUCACGAUUCCGGCUAUGCAAUAGCCCGAAGCCUGAUCCCGAUGGUUUACCUUGUGAUUCAACUGGUGCUAAUGAAACAGUGUUUUGUAACACGGACACGUGUCCAAGUUGUCUACCUUUGAGAAAGGGUUUUGGGAACAAAGCAAAUUGCACAACUUUUUCUGAUGGUCAUGAAGUUUGCUUAGUAUCCUGUCGUCCAGGAUAUGCAUUCCCAGCGGAUAAAAAACCACUAUCAGUGUACGUGUGUGGCCCUAACACCUCAUACACAUGGAAUGGGGUGCCACCUUCUUGUGGACGUGCAAAUUCUCCUAGAAGUAUUUCCGUUGUUUCCUCUGUCCAGUACACACCUGGAAUUCCCUGUAUAGAUGCCGCCCUGGCAUCCUCCAAACUAACGACCAACUUGGAAUCCUCUUUACCAUGUUCUGUGAACGGUUCUUGUUCAAUCACUGUAUCCACACCAGGUUGUUCUGCUUCGGGGAGGCGCCGAAGAUCCGCGUCAUCACAAACAAUCACUCUUACCCAGACUCUGACCUCGGGCGACAAUCUUGAUUUAGAAGCAUAUGAAAAUUCUCAGAGCGUAAGCCAACCCUUAUAUGAUUUGCUGGUGGGUAUUUCCAGUUUAGAGGCUUCGGCAAUACAGAUCAAUAGUACUCACAGUAUUCUACAGUUUGAGAUCAGUGGCACUCAGUACACAUCGACGGCGGUGACCACAGAUUCUUUGGUAGAGUGUUCCCCUGGUCAAGGAAGAAGCGAAGCUUUGUGCAUUGAUUGUCCGCCAGGUACAUAUUCAGAAUCUGGGGUAUGUGUGGCAUGCUCUAUCGGUACCUAUGAAGAUGAAUCUGGUCAGCCCUCAUGUAAGUCUUGUCCCGGCGGCCUGACCACGAAAUAUGAAGGAAGUCAGAAUAUUACGGAUUGCUCAGAAAACAGUACCUCUAGGACUGUUACCAUGACGUCAUCCACGUCCACUACGCCACCUACGUCUCCUGGGUCUACUUCCGGUCUUGCAAAUACAGUAACGGAACCAUCGACUGCAUCACCUCCCAAGAAACGUAAAGAAAACAACAGUGUUCUACCUAUCAUAGCUGCAGUUUUAGCAGCAUUGACCCUUAUUGUGUCUGCCGCAGUUGUUGGUAUUUUAGUGUGUAAACAGAUAAAAAGAAAUCGAUUUAGACGUCUAGAACGAGAAGCCAGUGCACUAAAGGGAAGCUGGGCAAGUCUAAGCAUGGUCAAACCUGUUGAGAUCCAGAAUGUGCCACCUACUUCUAACCGAUACCAAGAGCUAUGGAAAUCAAAAUCCAGUCUGGAUUUCAAUGAUCAACCAUGUUGAAAUAUCAUAAUGACUAAAGUGGCAUAGGGCUUGGAUUGGUGCCAUUACUUUUUGCUUGAACUCUUCUUAGUAAUUAAUACAGCUUUGAAUGUCAACAUACUUGGUAAAAUGAAAUGAAACUUUAAAGCGAUAUGAGCUACAUUCGUCAUGUUGAAUUUUUUUUUACUAAUAUGUUCUUUUCUACUAAAAUGAUAAAGAUAUCAUGGUUUUUAAAUUUCUGUUAGCCAUAUUUUUGUGGAAAAGGUCGUUAAGAAGCCUUAUUUGGAGCAAAAUUGAAUUAUUGUCGUCCUGUACAAAAAUGUAUUUGCUAAUAAAUAUAUAUUCCUUAGAAAUAUUUCCUUUGACAAAAAUUAAUGAUUUUUUUCAAAUCUAUAAAAGUUUAAGUUAUAUAUAUACAGACUUAUCAUACUAGCAGGUUUUUGCAGCAAAAUAAAAUUCUAAAAAAUACAGCUCAUAUUGCUUUAACAAUUAUGUAUAUUUACAUUUAUAGUUGUCGUUGUCGUUAUAUAUUGUAACAAUGCUUCUUUGCAAGCCAAGAGACCAAAUGACAUUGGUUUUCGAAGACACAUUGCACCCUAACCUUAGGUUUAUUGUUUUCUACUUACUAGUAUUUUAAUUUAGAGAAAUAACACAAUUAAAUCCACAUGACUGAUUAGUACUAGAUUUGCUUUGAAUUGUACAUGGCUAUGCAUUUAGUUUGCAGUACUAUUUGCAUACAUGUACGUCAGUUUUAAAGAUGUAAAGCGUCUUUUCCCAUUAUUAUGCCAACACGUGUUUGAACGGAAAGUACCUGUUGCUUAAAAUAGAUAUAUUUACCUGUUGUGAUAUGGUUUUCGCAAGCUGGGUACUGAUUUUAUAAUGGUGUCUGUAACAGCUGAUUUGUCAUAUAUUUAAGAAACCUGCAUCGAAAAAAAUGUAUAUAGAACUCUGUGUAUAAGCCAGUUGAUAUUCGUUCAGAACUGUGAUAACGUCUAGCUAUAAGCAAUAAAUGUAUUUGUGUAAAUAGAGUAUAGUUUCAGUGAAGAGGUCUGUUUAUAUUGGAUAUGCUUAUACUCAGAAUUAAAAGAGAAAUUGAAGAUAAAAUCCAGCAGAUUAAAUACAUAUCAUUGAAAUUCUCUAUUUUUAUCAUGCGUUAAAUAACAAGAUUUUUUUUAAUACUUACAACUUGCUGGAAUGCAUCCAGAGACCGCAAAAUCAAAUACAUGUAGACCCUUGCGUCACCUUUAUGCUUUGAUAUGAAGUGUUUUGAUACUGUGGCUAUAUACAUGAUUGCAUUUAAAAAGUCACUAACUUAAAUAUUUGUCUGAUUUUCAGUACAAAGACCAAGUUAAACAAAAAAUAAAUAAUUCAAUAUAAACAUGUACUUCAAUACCAGUAGAACAUAUCUUUGGUUUUAAAGUGGUUAAAAUAGUCAAAAUAUCCAACUUUUUAUUGCAUACUAACUAUGUUCCUAUAUAUCCCCCAUUAAAACCUUAAGAUUUUAAUGAUGUUGUGUGAGACAAUUUUAACACGGUAUUUGUGUAAUUUGCGGUUCUUUUAAAAAUAUAUUUUAACCAAUUGUUGAAUAAUAUUGGAAAUGCCAGCUGAUUGCAAAACCGCUAUGUUGAAAGCGGAAUCAUUUAAUCUAUUCAUGAAUACUCUGUAUUUUAACCUCAAAAAGCCAAUCCGUCCAUCCAGCAAUAUUCGUGCAAGACUGGGAAUACCUGCAUGUUAAAACUGUUAGUUAAUGGGGGUAGAGUGAUCGAGUGUACUUUGAAUUUUUUGUUUAGAAAAAUGUUGCUUAAAAAAAUGUUCCUUAUACAGAAGUGCCAUAAGAAAUGUUAAUUUAACAUGAAUGAUUGUCGAUAUUAAAAUUCUAUAUCAUUAUAAAUAAAUUCAGGUAUACAUGUAUAUUCUAAAAACUUGUCAUGUAUAAACAUUACAGGUAUAAAUUCAAUUUUUUUCUUAAUGAGACCGGAUGUAUUUUCUUAUAUAUAUAUAUAUAUCAGGGUGAAUUAAUGUUUGAAGUAAAUGUCUCUAUUUUUUUCAUCAUGUAUUGUUAUCAUCUUUCAAUAAAUGUCCUUUUUUCAUGUUCCAUCUUUUGCAUUGACUUCUAUAAAAAUGAGGUGUAUUCGACAAACAAGUCGGUAUUUGUGUGCAUGCGCCCAGGAAAAAGAGAUCACCGAUUUCAAAUAAAAUAGUUUGAACUGGU